AUGUCUAAAGAAGUUGCGGACCCCGAGGCCAGCUCUGGCUCUCCCUCUGUGCAGACCGGCGAUAAAGCAAAGACUCCAGAGAUGGACUUUGUCCUGGGGAAGCGCGGGACUCUGGCCUUCUUCACGCUGUCGGUGUUGACGCUGAUGGUUGCCAUUGAUGGGACGAGUAUCUCUGUUGCUCUGCCUAUCAUCACAAAAGACCUCAAGGGAACAGCAAUCGAGGCCUUCUGGAGUGGAACCUCGUUUCUGCUCUCCUCGACAGUCUUCCAGCCAAACUUUGCCUCGCUGUCUGGCAUCUUCGGUCGACGGCCGCUGGUGCUUACUGCCCUGACUCUCUUCUUCGUCGGCACUGUCGUCUGCUCUGUGGCCAAGGACUUCACGUACAUGCUUGUUGGGCGGUCCAUUCAGGGUGUCGGCGGUGGAGGCUUGAUUGCCCUGAGCGAGGUCAUCGUGACUGAUCUGGUUCCUCUGCGCCUUCGAGGACAGUACUUUGGUAUCUUGUCUGCCAUGUGGAGCUUGGGUUCUGUUACUGGCCCUAUUCUCGGUGGUGGCUUUGCGCAGGAUGUUACCUGGCGCUGGAUCUUCUACAUCAACUUCCCCUUCAUCGGCAUCGGGCUCGUCUCCAUCAUCCUCUUCCUCAAGCUCAACAUCAUCCCAACCUCUCUGGCCCAGAAACUGCGCCAGAUCGACUACAUCGGCACCAUCAUCUUCGUCGGCAGCCUGUCCUCCUUCCUGAUCCCUCUCACCUGGGGCGGCAUCCUCUACCCCUGGUCCUCCUGGCGCACCCUGGUCCCCCUGAUAAUCGGCAUCGCAGGCCUCACCACCUUCUCAAUCUACGAAUACCGCUUCGCAACAGACCCCAUCAUCCCCCCCGCCAUCUUCCAAAACCGCACCGCCUCCGUCUCCUUCGCAGGCUCGUUCCUCCAGGGCCUCGUUCUCUGGUGCCUCCUCUACUACCAACCCCUCUACUACGAAGCAGUGAAAGGCUACUCCCCCAUAAUGGCCGGCGUAGCCCUCUUCCCCGCCACAUUCACCGUCGCCCCAUCCGCCGCGGUGGUCGGCAUCCUCGUCACCAAAUUCGGCCACUACCGCUGGGCAAUCUGGACGGGCUGGACGCUGUCAACAUUCGGCCUCGGCCUGCUCUGUUACAUGGAUGUCGACACGAGCAUCCCCGCAUUCAUCUUCAUUAAUAUCGUCCCCGGGAUCGGGUUGGGUCUGCUCUUCCCCUCGAUUGGAUUUGCGAUCCAGGCCUCCGCAACGAAUGAGACGCUCGCUAUCGCGGUCGGCAUGUUCAGUUUCUUUCGCGCGAUGGGCCAGGCUGUUGGCGUUGCUAUUGGGGGCGUUGUGUUCCAGAAUAGGAUGUACCACUACCUCCUUGGGUAUGAGGCCUUAGCGCCUAUGGCGAGUGUGUACUCGCAGGAUGCGGCGGGGUUGGUGGAGGUGAUCAAGGCGAUGCCGGCGGGGGCGGAGAAGUUGGCGCUGCAGACGGCGUAUACGGAUAGUUUGAGGAUUGUGUAUGCGGUUUGCUGUGCGGUUUGUGGGGUGGCGCUGGUGUUGAGUUUGGGGACGCAGGGGUAUGACCUGAAUCGGGCGUUGGACAGUGUGCAGGGGCUUAGGGGGAGGGAGGGGGAUGUUGAAGAUGUGAAGCAGUAG